UUGAGUCAGUGACGCUGAGCUGCACAACAACAAGCCUCUCCUUCAGCCUGCUGAACGCAGGAGACUCUCCGGAAUCUGUCGCGAGCUGCAGCCCUGCGUCUACAGGCACGAGGAUCCGUCAUGAUCUGUGAAAGCAGCCUCUGAGACGAGACAGAGAUGUUGAUGUCCAGGACACUCGGCUGCCUCCUCCUGGUUGGGCUGUGUCUCUGUAUCCAUGGAAACCCUGUCCUCCUCCCAGACUCCCCUCCCACACAGGACAGAUUAACAACUGUUGGGCCAACACAAACCCCAGAUGUAAAGUCUGAACCAACAGGUACCGAAAGUCUGAUUGGUUUAGCGUUGGAUGUAGGUGCAGGAGGAGGGGUUGGCCUGCAUGGAGCACCUGUGGGAGCAGUGACGCAGACAGAAAAUGGGGACAGCCUCGAUGGAGUAUCUGGGCCGAGAAAGGCUGGCAGAGAGGUGCAGAACCAAAUGAGUGAGGGAAAGAAGGUUGGGAGCACAUCUAGGAUGGGAGACGCCUUGACACAGAAGGGUGCAUCAGAGGAGGGGGAUACCGCUGUCACCAAUGAUCCUACAGGUGGGAGGAAGCACUUGGAUGUAGACCUUUCCUCCACAGACAAGGGGAGCAAAGACAAAGACGGAGAGGGCCUAACAGACCCACCUGUUUCCUCUGUCCAGGAUAAAAACACAGAAACAGGCCUUCUGUCCUCUACAGAAACUCUAAAUCCUGGAGCCACCAUCCAGAAACUUACCUCCUACAGUCCAAUCGUUGUCUCCCCUCACACCUCAACACUUGUAUCCAUUUGGGACCAAGAUGGAGCUACAACUUCAUCCCUCCCAGCCCCUCUGUUACCUGAAAUUGGAGCAAACCCGAUGCCAAAGGAGGAUGGACCAGAAAGUGUGUGGACUGAAGCUACCAGGCUUGGAGGAGUGGACACAGUGGCCCCGCUGUCCCAGGAUGAGGCCACAGAGGGCACCAUGUCGUCAGAAGCUCUCCCUCUCAUCUUUGAGCCCAUUGAGGAGGUUGCAUCAGAGGGAGUACAGGCAACAGUCAUGUCUUUGCCUGGUAGUGCUCAGCCUCCUGCUGCCAUGGUGACCGCAGGAAUGGACGUGGACCCGCAGCUGGUCACCGUGGAGACAGACAGUGACGGUCCCUCUCAGGCCCCUCCCCUGCUGACACCAGACUGGACAUCACCCUGGCAGACAUCUGGGGCUGAGCUGCUGGAGCCAGUCAGCUCCUCUGGAACGUCUGGUUCACAGAGACAAACAGGAAGUGAGCUGGAGGAACACGGGGAGAGAGGUGCUGUAAGGACACCCAACCUCCAAGAGAAGUUGCCCACUGUCCGCCCUUCCUUCUCAUCCUUCCCACGUGCUAUGACAGCCGUAACCAUGGGAACCCAUCAGCCGGCACACAAAUCCAGAUCAGGGUUAGAGGAGAUGGAGUCUGAAGAGGAGCAGGAUGAAGACGAGGAUGAUGAGAACUCAGAGGAGUCCGUGGAGGAUGAGAGCGAAGAGGACCUCACAGAAAGUCCUAAAACGUCCUCCACGCCACCUCCGUACAGCCUCAUCCCUCCGCCUCCUGUGUGGGUUCAACGCAACCAGGGGCUGAUGAGGAGCUGGGUAGAGCUGAUCAGAGAAAAGGCGGGUUAUGUAUCUGGCAUGUUAGCCCCUGUGGGCAUUGGCAUCACUGGGGCCCUGCUAAUCGUCGGGGCUCUCUACAGCAUCAGGAUGAUUCACCGCAAGAGGAGGAACAGCUUUAAACACCAGAGGAGGAAGGUCAGGCAGCAAGAGCAACCUCGGGAGCCCGGGACUAGCCGUCAGGACCAGGCCAUGCUGCUGGCUGACAGCUCUGAGGAUGAGUUCUGAUCAAACCUUCCUGGCUCCUCUGUUUGGUGACUAGUGGCUGAUGCUCCUGUAAAGGAGGCCUGCCAAACACCCCCAUUGCUAUGACGACCGAAUCUCCCAUCACCCGGGGCUGUUUGACUAUGACUCAUCUGAUCCUCACAGUGUGACUGAGAGUAGGACACAGUUUGCACAGGCUGCACAAAGGUCAGCCUUGUACCCCUUUCUAAAAGUACCAGAGUGAGCACUUUUCUAAUUGUUGUCAGGUGAUGUUGGCUUUACAGUGAGGCAGGGCUGGUGUGAUGCACUUUGACAUGAAAAAAAUGUUGCUGCUGUAAAAACAAAAUAUGUGGGCAGGGUAUUGGUGGGAACGUGUGGCUGGUUAUUCAAAUUUAUGUCUUUGUGGAGCUGAGGGGAAAUAAAAAGGGCUGUAGAGGAGUAACAUUACAUAAACAGUGUAAAUACCUGUGCUGUAAAUGUAGCUGACUUGGUGUCAGUCAUGUUAAUGUAAAUAAAGUUGGAGUUCAUAAUACUUAUUUGGUAUAUUCUAAAGGGAUAGCUUCACAUUUGGGAGAUUAGCUCAUUCAUUUCUUUGCUGAGGACAGGAUCAUUCAGCUUGAGCUUGCAGCUUGGUUCACCAAGAGUUACACGAUAAAAUCCAUUAGACUAACCAGGAGUAAGAUGAUAAAAUGUGUUAGCAUGACCUACACUAAAUCAUAGUUCUAAAUAAGUUAAUCAAUAAGGGUUGACUGCUCUAACUGCUCGGUUCCAAUACAUCCCUUGCCACUGCCACUUAGGCCUGCCCUGUGUUUUGUACAGUCACCUCUUAGGGUAGGGGUGUCCCAGUUCCUGUGGAAUGGAGAAGUAGGGUGAAGUACAAGGGGCUCAUGGCCCUUUAAAUGGAGAUUAUACAGAGACACACUCUAAACCAUGUACCAAAAAAUAUCCCAGAAUACUUUGGUUGCUUAAACAGCAAAUUACAGGUGCUUUUUGAUAGCAGUUCAGCUAAUAUUCACCCCCCUCAAGUCAGUAUUUAGUAGAUGCGCCUUCGGCUGCAAUCACAGCACUGGUUCUGUGUGAUAGGUCAAGUUCUGUCAGGUUGCACAGGGAUCAGGCAUGAACAACCUUUUAUAGCUCAACCACAAAUUCUCUAUUGAAUUGAGGUUUGGGCUUUUACUCUGCAACUCCAGAACAUUUACCUUGUUGUCAUUAAAUCAUUUUUCAUUGUAUGCUUCGGCUCAUUGUCUUGCUGGAAAAUAACAAAUCUCCCAAGCUGUAGUUCUCUUGCAGACUGAAUAAAA